UAUAUAUACUUUCUUUUGUAAUAACCGAGUGAAAGCUAACACAUACAAAAAACAAAAAAAACACACACACACACCAUUCUUUUUUUUUGUUUAUUAUACUCUCAUCAUUCUCCAAAUGAAUUGGACUAGAGGAAAAAUUAUAGGCCGUGGUUCAACAGCCACCGUUUCAGCCGCCACCUUGCAAGAAUCCGGCGAAACAAUCGCCGUGAAAUCCGCCGACUUCCACCGGUCGGAGUUCUUGCAAAGAGAAGCCAAGAUUCUCUCUUCUUUGAAUUCUCCACACGUCAUCGGAUACAGAGGAUGCCAAAUUACGACAGAGUCCUUCAACAACUACAACGGAGAAGCUACGACUUAUAAUCUCCUCAUGGAGUACGCACCGUACGGGACGUUGGCCGACGUUGCUUCCAAGAACGGCGGCUCCAUCGAGGAGGCUCGCCUCGUGAAGUACACGCGCCAGAUACUUCUUGGAUUGGAGUAUAUUCACAACUCCAUGGGAAUUGCGCAUUGCGACAUUAAGGGAAGCAACGUGUUGGUCGGAGAGAACGGAGAAGCCAAGAUCGCUGAUUUCGGGUGUGCAAAACGUGUUGAACCGGAAAUAACCGAACCGGUUAGAGGAACUCCGGCGUUUAUGGCUCCGGAAGUGGCCCGUGGAGAGAGACAAGGGAAAGAGAGUGAUGUAUGGGCGGUGGGGUGUACGGUGAUAGAGAUGGUUACCGGGUCUACGCCGUGGAGUGGAGCGGAUUCGAACGACCCGGUUUCGGUUCUUUACAGGGUCGGGUAUUUAGGUGAGUCACCUGAGCUGCCUUGCUCGCUUACGGAACAAGCAAAGGAUUUUUUAGGAAAGUGUUUGAAAAAAGAUGCGAAGGAGAGAUGGACAGCGAGUCAACUGUUAAACCAUCCGUUCUUGAUAACUAAACCGGAUAAUGAACCGGAAUUGGUAACCGGUUUGGUUACGAACUCACCGACAAGUGUGACGGAUCAGAUGUUCUGGAGGUCAGUGGAAGAGGACCGUCCAAGCUGGUGGGAAUGUCACGAGGAUGAGAGAAUUGGAGUGCUAAGCUGGACUGGUCAGUUUGUGGUGGAGUCCACAUGGGACACGGACGGUGCGGAUUGGAUCACGGUCCGAACGGAAUAAUGAUUAGUCGGUUCACAUGAGGGGAGGGAGCGUUGGUUGUUCCCAUUCAUUUAAUUAGUGAAAAAUUUUGUUUUUAGUCUCCAAGUGAAUAUAGAGAAGUAUUAGAGAGUGUGGAGUUUUAGAUCAAUUUUUAUGUACAUUUGUUAAUUCAUCAUUUUUUAAAUUCCCCGGAAUCCAAAUUUUGUUAUUUU